CACAUGACUGGCUCGCCUGGCCCUUCUGAGCAUGCGCAAACCUCUCAGUGUUGUCAGGCAAAAUAUAAGACAGCAGUAGGGGCAGAGAUCUGCAAUAGAUAAACACACAGACUAACACACCAGCGGGACCGCUCGCAGACACACAUAAUACAAGCAGUGAGACACGGACGGAGGAAAAAUUGUAGGGUUGCGGCUCUGAAUCCUUGAAAUCUCAUUUUAAUGGGCUUAUUGUUAUCCAUAAAUUCAGCGGAAAACAGUGACGGACGGAGCGCAGGGCAGGUGUGCCCUUUAAGAGAGGGAGCAGCUGAGGCAAGGACAGCAUCCGAGUCUCCAUCCUCUGUGGAGGUAAGUGGGGAUGGAUUGGGUGAGGAUGCAGAGCAUUGGGGGGAGGGGAAAAUCCGCUUGACUGCAUCUGUGUAUGUGUUGAAUAUUAUUAAAAGGAGGGAAAAGGGACGGCAAUGGCGGUGUUGGAUGAAGGGGGUUAGGAUUGAGGAGGGUGGAGGGGAGCUAGUUUGUCGGCGGCUCUAUUGGUAUGUGAGACAACAGCUAUGGGUAUGAUGGGGAGGGGAGGAGGAGGGGGUCGAGGAUGUACAUGCUAGCAGGUUUGAGGACAUAGCAGGGUAGCAGGCACAUAAAGAGAAGGAGAGGAGAUGAGAUGAUGAGUCGUGUGAAACCGAGCAGAUCACACUUGACGUCUGGGAGAUGUUUUUCAGCCAAGAUGUCAGCCAACCUCCACCACAAAAACGACCAUCAUACACAUUUAAGAGGAGAAAACAUCGAUUAUUCGACUAUUUAGUGUAGACACGAAGAAAAGAGCCCCAUCUGUGGUAGAUAUGAGCCAGUGUUUGGACAGCAAAGAGAGAAAAAUACUACUUUGUGUCUGAUUGAUGGUAAAUUACAUUGACCUAUAUUUAGCAUGGGAGCCUUUACUCUUCAUGCUUUUGUGAAGGUAGUCCGACCUGCAGUGCUUAGCUAUGCUGCAAUGCAAUCUUUGUUUGUCCCAGGAUUCAGACCUGAUAAAUGUCUAUAUUUUAUUAUUUUUGAUAUGAAAAAAGACAAAUUAAAUAUUAAGAUGAUGCCGCAGUCUGAGACUACAACAUGCUUUUUGUUUACACGCCUGAGCCAAAUAAGGUGAACCACAGCUCCUAAAGCUCAUCAUAAUAAGAUCAGGGAUUUCUUUUUUGAUUUUAGGUUUGACAUACUUCCUGUAAACACACACAACAAACACUGUAAUGUAAAUUAUUUUUUUAUUUCAUAACAUAUUGUAAACAUGUCUAUUAAGUCAUUUAACAAUAGUAGUCACAAUUCGCUCCUCACAUCAUGAAAAUAGCCUGCCAUUUUGAUACGCUUUCUGGUGCCUGGCAAAUGAAUAUUGUUGGCCUGUCAAUCCAGUGAUAUCAGCUGGUGUUUUGUUUUUGCUUUGUGUCUAUAAAGGUGUGCCAACCUUUGGCGUGUCAAUAUUUAUAGAAGUUGUACUUGAAAAAAAACAAAUCAAAACAAAGAAAUGGAAACAUCGUGGGUACUGAACGUACAGCACAUAUCUCCCACUCACUCGCUCCUCAGUGAUUAAUGCCACUCUGAAAGGAGGCAGAGAUGGCUGUUGCUAGGAUACAUGGCAAGGUGAAGUGCAGACCAUUUAAAGAAAAGAGAAGGAGGAGGGCAGUAUUUACAAAGCAUGGCAUUGCUGGAAAUGUACCCUUUGUUCUGUGUUUUUCAUCCUAAACUGAUUUUUAAUUUUUUGUUCCUCCAAGGUUUGGCAGGUCUAAAGAGAGCAAGAAAGAGGGUUGGUCGGUCAAGACUUUCUGCUUUUCUGUUCUCCUGCCCUACACCUGGAAAUAGGCUGCAAUGGUAGGCAGUACUCCAAGGCCUAAACCUGUCUGAGAGAGCCCUAUGAACAGCAGACCCAAUGGUGAGAAAACAAAGAAUUACACUGUGUUUUCAUAGUUGCUUUGAGAAAAUAUUGAAUUAGUAUAAUUAUAAAAAUGUACCAUUGUUGACACUCAAAAUUUCAGGCCUCCUACAUAUUUCAGUGUUUUAUUAACUAAAUGUUCAUGUUGAAGUUUAUGCAAUAGGACCUCUGGGCUUCAGGCUUGGCUAGGCAUGACAGGAGACAUGGUUAUUUUUAUAAGAAAGAGAUAUUUUUAAUAACUCAUCCCCUUUAAUAGUCACUGGGGCAUUCUUCUGUAGACUGAAUUCAGAGAGUAUCCUGUCUUUUGGAAACAAAUCAUUCCUCUUCAUCUUUGUUUGAGAUGCUAUAUAUAGCAGCGUUUUGAAGCCCACAAAUGGGAGGCUAAAUAGAGAGAUGUGAGGAAGGAUGUGUGAUGAAAGGAUGAUAGAAAGAGGUUGCAUUUUCUUUCCACUCUACUAUAAUGGCCUUUCACAAUGUGUGGGCCCACAGGACAUCAAAGGCCAGUGUUGGACAGAUGAGGAGUCGGAUGGAGAAAAUGAAUCGGAGCAGUUCCUGUAUGGCAUCCAGGUAGAGCACAGGCUUUUACAGUGCCCCUUUUACAGAACAUCUACCUAAUCUAGUGUUUGUAAAGAUGUAGUUAUUCUGUUUGCUGCUGAUGCUAACCAGUGUUGUUAUAUUUCUAUUUUACUGUGAAACAGCAGCACAUAAAAUAGUUUAAAAAAAAAAACCUUUAUAUAUUAUUACACCACUUAAAGCAUACUUUAAAAGAACUCUUGGCAGGAUGUGUUCGCUUGUCAUACAAGCUCUACUUCUGCAGUAUGUUUACAAGAAAAGACUAUAGCACAUAUCCUUUACUCAGUUAGCCUCCUAUAUUAACCAUAUUAAGUAACAGUUGUGAAAGUAUUUUUCAGUCCAAUCAGUUUUUAUUUGUGAGGCAUUAAAUCACAACAAAAGCCACCUCAUUGUAGUUUUCUUAUACCCCCGAGUAUAGGCUUUAAGCUAAAUAAUGUACUUCUUAGUGACAAAACAAAUUUCAACCUAAGUUACCAAUGAGAAACUUCCGUUCCAACAGUAACUAAUUUAGAGCAAAACUUGGGGGGGGGGGGGUCAAACAAUAUUUAUUAUUUAACAAAAAUAAAAAAAGAAAUGUAAUAUUAAUUCAAUUAAAUCUUAUCAUCAGAAUGACAUCUAUGAUAAUAAUAAUGUUCAUACAUAUUUGUCCAAUCGUGGCAAUUAAAGUCAUAAUGAUAAUAUUUAAGAUAAAAUAUUCCUUCAUUAGUCCCACAGGGGAUAAUUCCAAUUCCGUUUUGGUUAUCUAUGAAGUGAAACAGCUUAAAAACUUUAGGGAAAAACCAUGCAAUAAAUACCAAACUCAUUUGAAAUCCUUCUUUUGUGGAUUAGGAUUAUUAUGAACAAAUGCCAUGAGUGUGUAGGGAAUAGUUGUUUAGAGAUUUUUUUGCCAUUAUUGUGAAGAACAGAUGGACCAGCAGACUUGAUAUUUCCCCCCUAAGGCCUGGCUGCAAACUGAUCAACCAUUUCAACCUAUCUGCUACAAGUUCGAUUGAAAUGUGAGGCUUUUCACUGAUUUACAAGGUGCAGGGCACCUUUAAAAAGUAUGUUUGCAAAAUGCUCAUUAGCAAAUAUCAAAUUUACUAAAAAAUUAUAAUUGCAAGCUUUUAAAAACCUGUAGUACUUAAGGUGAUAUAGAGGUGUGCAAAAAAUAUCGUCUUAAAUCAUAUAUUGAUUGUUAUUUUGACAAUAUGCAAAAAGACAUUAUCAAGUAUAUUACUCACUUUGCAUUUAUUAAAGCACACAUUGAAAGUGCAGUAUAUUAGACUAGUUUUUCAUUCUUACUUUUAUCAUUUUUAUGUGCAUACAAUCACCAAAUUUUACUACUGUUUUUCCCUUAAAAUGCUUUGUCAUUACCAGGCUUUACUCACACACAGAUCAUCUUUUGUGAUCACAGAAUAUUAAAGAUCACCAUAUAUGAGAAUGUGCUGCUAAUGUCAAAGGACAUUAGCAACAUAAUGUUAAUCAUUAUGUACUGCAAAUCCUCCCAAAUAUUUAAUCGUUGUGUGAUGUCAGUAACGCACAACCCAAGUGAGAUAUCGAUACCAAAAUGCUGCAGUGCUUUCACCCUCUGCAACCAUAAGAAUCAUUUCAAGGCAACACUGUCUUAUUCAUUCAGCUGCCAUCAUAUCAGAUCCUAAAGUUCAAUGCUUCACACCCAUAUAGGAUAUUAAUCCGCUAGUCAUUCUCUUUUAGUGUCAUCUUCCAAGUCUUGUGAUUGAAAUGUAAAUCCAGGCUGGGACUUAAAGCUCUUUUCUGUGCAGUGAGAGAACAUGAAAGCAGCGUAGUGAAGAUAAGGAUGAAAGUGUGGGAUCUUUUCAAUGCACUCAGAGCUGAGGAGAACAAAGUCUGAUUGCCAGUCUAGACAUGACAGACCUUGGUCAGCUGUUAAUGUUAAUACUCAGAAAUACAAUUUAUGGAGGCUACCAAAUGCUUUACCCAACACAGUUUGACACUCUGACUCUCACAGGUAGAUAAUUUUCAAAUGCAAAAUUUGUCCACUACCGGAUCAGGGUAAAGAGAGGCUGAAUAUAGGAAACAGCCUUACACAAAAUCAGAUACUCUUCCACUGUAAACUGUAAAUGCAGGAUGUGCAUGCACAGAAAACUGAUUUGGAGUUUAGCUGAAAGAGUAAAAGAUGAUGAUCUGAGCUGUAAUAUUUAAAAAAAAGUCAAUAUUCUACUAAAUGUUGAGGGUAGGUUGUGGCGAGUAGGCUGUUCAAAAUAAUGGAUAAAUAACUAAAUGUUAGGAAAUAGUAAAAAUAAUGGGUUAAAUAGUUGAUGUUGUUAAUGCAGUCUGUAAAUGGUAUAGAUAAUUGGCCAGAGGUGGAAGCUUGCAAUGUAGUUGACUGUAUAAGGUAACAGAUUCACAUCGAAUCUGAUUUGAAUAAAUAAAUGACUAAAAUUGCUCAAUACGCGAUUGUUGCUGACACAGUUGCUCGACACUAAUUGCUAAAGCUAACUGGUUUGAAUUGCUACCUAAAAGUCACUGAUAAAUCAAUGAAAUGAAUCUUGCAUUUUUAUUGAUGAAAGUUCUUACUAACUUAUUGAAAUAGCUUAAAGAAAUGGUUAAAUAAAUGAAGCAGCUAAAUUUUACAUAUAGGUAGUUGGCUAAGGUAAUAGCUGAAGGUGAAGUGUAAAAGUUAACUGGUUGAAAUUGUUGGCUAAAGAGUAACGGAUAAGUGGCUGUAGUUGGAAUGCUUAUUUGAUCCACCUGACUGUAGAAAACAAACAUUAUUUUAGAAUAAAUACAUUUUCUGUGAUAAUUGUGUCAAAAAUAUGAUUCCAGGAUGACCUUUCUAUAGCAUUUUCUGUACUGUAAUUGUGUCCAGUGUUGCUUGUUACAGGGGAGCUGUGCUGCUGAUCUGUACCGUCACCCACAACUGGAUGCAGAUAUCGAGGCAGUAAAAGACAUCUAUACUGACAGUGCUGUCUCUGUUAGGUACAGUGCUCACAUGUACACGCUCAGUAGUUUAAAAUCUGAAAAAAGAAGCAGUGGUAUGAUCUAGUAUGCCUGCAGUUCAUAUGCUGUGCAUGGUUCAAGGAAUUGAUCAUGAAUUUAAAAUCUGUAUAUCUGGGAAAAUCUGAAAAAACUGUUGUGCAUCCCAUUUCUUGAUAAAUAUCAACCAUACCUGUUUUUUUCUCAACAGGGAGUAUGGAACCAUUGAUGAUGUGGACAUUGAUCUUCAUAUCAACAUCAGUUUCUUAGAUGUGAGUCAGCAUUUUCACUCACUGCACAGGCCAUCUGUGUUUUUCCUAUUACCUUUCCUAAAGAGGGGUAAUCAUGCUUUUUUCGGACUCUAUAUUUCCUUUCUGAUACAUCUUUAAUAGCUUUACAUGAUUUUCCGAUUACAAAAGCCUAAAAUUUUUCUCACUCUGGUGUAUUAAAAUAACAUAAUUUCAGCUUCAGUCUGAAACACUUGGCUACCUCUCAGAGCUCAAUGUUUUGACCCCACCCCUCGAUCGUGGUCAAUCAGUAGAGCAGUAGAGCAGAGUUACCCCUCUCCAUUGUAGGUGUCACCUCAUGUGCUUUUAGAGGAAGCACAGAUGAACUUGUAAGGAGAGCCGAAUGCUAUGACACAAGCAUUUUAGCGAGUCGCGCGUUUUCUUGCAAGGUCCCAUUUUUAGCAGUUUAUUUAGCAGUUAUAUUAUUACAACUAAGGCUGAGCGAUAUGGCCUCAAAUCAAUAUCAUGAUAUAUAUUGAGCAGUUCAUCUCGAUAAUGAUAAAUGGACGAUAACUACUGCACAAGCUGCUCACCCCCUCCCACAUAAACUUUUUCUACUUCAGCAGCUGCUACAACUUUUUAACUGACCUCCAUCUCCUCACCUGUCUUCCCCUCUUUGUUAUGGACUGGAUGGGGUAGAGCGUCGUAAAGGGACAUGAGACUAUAGCCUACCUACACACACCCAAAACCAACUUUUAUAUAUUUAUUUUUUUGACACCAAAUAUAUUGACACGGGCGAAAUGAAGUCGGUUAUUGUCAUAAAUUUUGGAAUCGGUAAAUUUUUGGUUUAUUGCCCAGUCCUUAUUAUGACAUUCGUUUACCUCGUGAUUUCAAACUUUGCGUACAUCUAGUAAAGACACCAAACAUUGUAACUUUGCAGUUUUUUUUAUCAAUGUGGAAAAGCAUAAUACCACCCCUUUAAGCUGACAUUUGCAAAGCAAAACAUCAUUUAUAUUGCAUCUUGUGCUCAUAAUUUAUUGAUGAGAUGAAAAAUGGACCUAAUGAAGAUGCUAACUGUGCAUUUGUAUGUGUGUGUGUAUGUGUGUCUGACUCAGGAGGAAGUUGCGACAGCUUGGAAAGUUAUCAGAACAGAGCCCAUUAUUCUGAGACUGCGCUUUUCUCUUUCUCAGUACCUCGAUGGACCUGGUGAGUAAAGAUGUCAGUGUGGAUGUUGGUUUUCUGGGAGGGACAUUAGGUAUUUGUGCCAUUCACUGAGCGUGGGAGGUGAGUACAAUAUGUGCUGCAUAGAGAGGGGGGGGCCUGUGUGUGUCUGUUGACAGUGCAAUAAUGCAAGUCAUGUUUACUCAGAGCCCUCAGUCGAAGUGUUCCAGCCCUCCAACAAAGAAGGUUUCAGCCUGGGUCUGCAGCUCAAAAAGUAAGUUACGUGACCUUGGAGGAUUAAUAGGCUGCAAUACUUCACAAAGAAAUUCUGCAUUAUGUAAAAGUCAAUGCUGUGUUUCAGUUUUCAUAUUAUUGAUUCAGAUUUGUUAAAAGUGAUGAAAAAAAAUGCAUAAGCAAUUUGCAUUCAACAAAAACUCCACUUGUUUUGGGGAAUAAUUAGAAAUAAUUAGGAAUAGGCUCAACGGUGGUUUCAUGUUCAGCUCUGUUUUUUGUUCUGUGGCAGGAUCCUGAGCACGUUCACCUCACAGCAGUGGAAGCACCUCAGUAAUGAGUUCCUCAAGGCUCAGCAGGAGAAGAGGCACAGCUGGUUCAAAGCGGGAGGAACCAUCAAGAAGUUCCGUGCCGGGCUCAGCAUCUUCUCCCCCAUACCUAAGUAGGUCUCUUUGUCUUUUUGUUUAUCCUUCGAGGCAUCGAAACAACAGUGUUCCUGUCUAGCUUGCCGCACAUUUUAUACUUGUAACCGAAUUUCCAAUGCAAAGUAAAUCCUAGUGACUUGUGUUUGUAAAGCAUUUCAAAUGUUUUGACUUUUUACUGUAGUAGAGAUGCAUUAUGGUUACAACUUUUAAUUUAGAUGUCUUUAUUACAAUCUGAUCCUAAUUUAACUUGGCUGUAUUUUCCAGAGUUCUAUUGAUUAACUCUGAUUGUGGUGCAUCUUCUAACAAAGUUUGGGGAAGAUUAUUUAUUGAUAAACAAUAAAAAUUACAAUUUGUAGUUGUAAUUAAGUUAAAAUGACGACUGAAGACCUCAUUUACAUUCACACUUUGUUGCGAAUAAUUUCACAGAUUCAGUUAUGGAGAGUUGAAUCGCUGCAGAGGGAAAUGCACACCCCCAAAACUUCACUUUAUGUUAUAUACAAAUGCUGAGGUCCCAGAUAAUUAGAGCCUCGUUUUCAUGACAUGUUUACCAGAACAUGUGUCUCUAGAAAUGGUUCCUACUUUAUGAUUUUUUUCUUAUCCAUAACUUUAUAUCGCAUGUCUGGUUUUUAGUCUGCAUGACAUAUCGAGAAAAGAGCUGAAAAGAAUCAGGAGCAAACUUACAACAAACUAAAGAGAGAUUUCUGAUGGAUCAGGGUAAAGUGUUAUCAGUCUGGUCAACAUCCUUCUAAAAGUGAAGAUAGAGACAGAAAACAACUAUCAAAGGUGUGUCUGUGAACGAUGGACCGUAUAAAAGGAGACUAUCUAGAGAAAGAUGCCUUAGACGCAGCAUGCUGCAGAUUGACUUGAAGUCAGAAUUUGACACACUCAACCAGUUUCCCCGUGGGAAUGAGUAGUUGUCUCGGCCUCUGUCUUACUCUGGGAUGCUCUGACAGUUAUCGGUGCACAGGGACUGAAUCUUGGCCCUUUUGAAGAAGGUCAGCUUCGCUAACUACUAAACUGUCAUGACGUCUUCAAAAGUUGACAGGAGUCUCAUGUCGAGGAUGUACUUUGAGAAUACACAGAGAGAGAAAGUGGAAGUGAACACUGUAACUUGGGCAUGUGCAGUCAACAGCAAAAGAUGCGCUGCUGCACAAACAGAUUGCAGUAAUCUCAGUGAGGAAGCGAAAAAUAACUAACAAGUUCAUUUUGAAUUUCAAUAACAUUUGAUAUUAUAAAUGAAAGGUAAAUUUACUCACUAGUAUCCAAGGAUCUAGUUACAGCUAAAUUAACAUAAACAGCAAAGUACAGCAAAUAAAUGAAUAUUGAAUUAUAUCUGCCUGCAUAUAAAAUUUAGGAUAUCAGCGCUCAGAUAAAAGCAGUCCAAAAAGCACCGUGAUCCAGCAUUCAGAGUGCACAUAAUCACAACAACAGUGUGUACUAAAGGUACCAAUGAAGUAGCAAGGAGUAGGAGUGAUGUUGGCCUUGUGGCAGUAUUUUUUGUUUUAAUCCGAAAAAGACAUUGUAGCUGUGUGAAAAAAUGGUCAUGCACAAUUUUGUGCCAAUAUCGGAUCAAUAUCAGUAUCGGUCAAUAUUGAAAACUACAAUAUCGGUAUCGUAAGUUGUAUCAGGACACCCCUAUACCCGAUAUGGCCUUUGCUGGAAAACCUUGCAGUCUUUUGAUUUAACUACUACCUACAAAUUGCAAAAAAGAUUCAUUUUUAUAAAGUAAUCCACCGGUCUUGUCUUUUUCUGCAGGUCUCCAAGUUUUCCUCUGAUUCAAGAUACUGUAUUGAAAGGAAAGCUCAGCGUCCCUGAGCUGAGAGUGACCCGCCUGAUGAACCGCUCCAUCUCAUGCACCAUGAAGAACCCAAAAGGGGAGCUCUUCAGCUAUCCACCCAACAGCCAGGUCAGUGAUAGUCAGCACAAAUUACAACGCAGACGUUUCUUUUGGAUUUGUAGCCUGUUCUACUGUCACUUACUGACUGUGUCUAACCUGCAUGCACAGUUCUGUUCAUAAGACUUCACCAUCCUACAUUUAUUUAUCAAGAACCUCACAGUGCUGUGAUCAUGAUUUCAAAAUUGCACCUCAACCAACUUCUUAUUUGCUGGUCUUAAGCCACUGUUUUACUCCCUACUGUUUUAUUAUGCACUGUGAUCCACUCUGACCCUCUUCUUGGUCACUUACCACUUGCACUGUCCCCUCCCGAGCCUUUCCUUACCCUAACCGUAACAUGGCUGCUACGCUCUUUCCCAUAACGCUUUGUCUUCACUUGACCCAUCAGACUGUGGCUGUCCCGGCGGCCAGGGCCCCAGCGCAGAUUACCACGAGGCAGCUGAUUGAAUUGUUUUUCUCAUCCCAGGCGGGCGGCCACUGCAAGAACAUCCCUACUUUGGAGUACGGCUUCUUAGUGCAGGUCAGAUCUCGAGGAUUUUUUAAGCAAACUUACACUCACCGGCCACUUUAUUAGGUACACCAUGCUAGUAACGGGUUGGACCCCCUUUUGCCUUCAGAACUGCCUCAAUUCUUCGUGGCAUAGAUUCAACAAGGUGCUGGAAGCAUUCCUCAGAGAGCUUGGUCCAUAUUAACAUGAUGGCAUCACACAGUUGCCGCAGAUUUGUCGGCUGCACAUCCAUGAUGCGAAUCUCCCGUUCCACCACAUCCCAAAGAUGCUCUAUUGGAUUGAGAUCUGGUGACUGUGGAGGCCAUUUGAGUACAGUGAACUCAUUGUCAUGUUCAAGAAACCAGUCUGAGAUGAUUCCAGCUUUAUGACAUGGCGCAUUAUCCUGCUGAAAGUAGCCAUUAGAAGUUGGGUACAUUGUGGUCAUAAAGGGAUGGACAUGGUCAGCAACAAUACUCAGGUAGGCUGUGGCGUUGCAACCAAGGGGCCAAGGGGGCCCAAAGAGUGCCAAGAAAAUAUUCCCCACACCAUGACACCACCACCACCAGCCUGAACCGUUGAUACAAGGCAGGAUGGAUCCAUGCUUUCAUGUUGUUGACGCCAAAUUCUGACCCUUCCAUCCGAAUGUCGCAGCAGAAAUCGAGACUCAUCAGACCAGGCAACGUUUUUCCAAUCUUCUAUUGUCCAAUUUCGAUGAGCUUGUGCAAAUUGUAGCCUCAGUUUCCUGUUCUUAGCUGAAAGGAGUGGCACCCGGCGUGGUCUUCUGCUGCUGUAGCCCAUCUGCCUCAAAGUUCGACGUACUGUGCGUUCAGAGAUGCUCUUCUGCCUACCUUGGUUGUAACGGGUGGUUAUUUGAGUCACUGUUGCCUUUCUAUCAGCUCGAACCAGUCUGGCCAUUCUCCUCUGACCUCUGGCAUCAACAAGGCAUUUCCGCCCACAGAACUGCCGCUCACUGGAUAUUUUUUCUUUUUCGGACCAUUCUCUGUAAACCCUAGAGAUGGUUGUGCGUGAAAAUCCCAGUAGAUCAGCAGUUUCUGAAAUACUCAGACCAGCCCUUCUGGCACCAACAACCAUGCCACGUUCAAAGUCACUCAAAUCACCUUUCUUCCCCAUACUGAUGCUCGGUUUGAACUGCAGGAGAUUGUCUUGACCAUGUCUACAUGCCUAAAUGCACUAAGUUGCCGCCAUGUGAUUGGCUGAUUAGAAAUUAAGUGUUAACGAGCAGUUGGACAGGUGUACCUAAUAAAGUGGCCGGUGAGUGUAUAUUACCUGUGCCUUGAGAGUCCUUUCUACUAUCUGAAAAAUGGCAGCCAUUAAGAUCAACUUUGGGUUUAAAAAAUGUGCAUUUGAGGAAAGUCUUUUGAGCAGUUAAUGCAAAUAAAAAUAAAAACUAGUUCUUUUAAGCACAGCAUAUAUAAACAGAACACAGUAUCUGGUAAGUGAUUGUAUUGUUACUUACAAAGAAACUGAUAUGUGUUAGCGUCUGGCAGCUGCUGCGCUGAUGUGCUAUGACUGAGCAAUUGUUCAGAAUUAAAGAGAUAUUACAGUUCAGCUGCCUGACUGAUUGGUAGCUUUUAUUCCUUUUUCCGGAAGCACUGGAGGCGUAGGUGAUAACUAGGGACACAACUGUGCUUUUUUACUAACAGAUAAUGAAGUACUCAGAGCAGAGGAUCCCAACACUCAACGAGUACUGCGUGGUGUGUGACGAACAGCAUGUCUUUCAGAAUGGAUCGAUGCUGAAGGUAACGGACACGAGAAAGAGAAACAUACAAACGCUGAAUGAAUGAUGCAGAAAGGGAUUUGUAUUUAAAAUUAAAUAAAGACUUUGUUGGAGCAUGAGCAUGCUUUAGUCUUUUUGUAGAUAUACGUUUAAGAUUGAAGAUCUGUAUUUAAUCUCUGUGACUACAUUUGUUUGUGUUUCUAAAGCCCGCUGUGUGCACUAGAGAACUGUGUGUGUUCUCAUUUUACACUCUGGGUGUGAUGUCUGGAGCUGCAGAGGAGGUGGCGACUGGAGCAGAGGUGAGAAUAACAAUACAGGUAGUGCACAGUAUUAUAGAGACCAGUGUGUAAUGUUUAUGAUAUGUUUGUAUUCACAUUUAAUUUGAGAGCAUGUUUAAGGGUAACAGUGUAACAAUACAUCCCCUCUCUCCUCAGGUGGUCGACCUUCUUGUUGCCAUGUGCCGAGCUGCUCUUGAGUCUCCCCGUAAGAGCAUCAUCUUUGAGCCGUACCCCUCAGUUGUUGACCCCAAUGACCCCAAGACUCUGGCCUUCAACCCAAAGGUCAGCAUCCUUGCUGCCUUAGCUGUGAUUACAUAUUUGAGCAUGACAAUUAAACAAAAACAUCAGGUCAUAUAACUGAAAUAAGUUUUUAAUUUUGAUAAUUAUGCAACAUAAAGAUACUUUUGGUUUUCAUACACAAGACAGAAGUGAUUCAGAAACAGCAGGAAUCUUUUCUAAAUUGGUAUUUUUUUUGUGAUUUUACAUGUCUGUUUGUUGUUCCCUCUCUCAUUGCUUACAAUGGAUGUUUGGCUCAACCGAUGAACACAGAAGAAGAAUUAUGAAAGACUGCAGAAAGCAUUGGACAGCGUUAUGUCUAUUCGGGAAAUGACACAGGUACAAGUAUAAGAACCAUGUCACAGCUUUGGCUUUGUUAAUGUUAGUAGUUUCUAAUGACUGGAGGAAUCCUGUUUCACAGUUUUGAAACUACAGGUGUGGAGUCUUUGUUUAUUGAAGGGACAGUUGUUACCCUUCUUCUUUCUAUUGUUGAUUAAACCGCUGGAGCAUGGCUGUAUCUGCACAGUACCUAAAACACAUAUGUUUGUAUUUAGACACUUGUGUAAAACAAAAAUGCAAAAACAAACAAUCACAUUUUUGCCUGUUCACUUUCAGGGCUCAUAUCUAGAGAUCAAGAAACAGAUGGACAAACUUGACCCUUUGGCUCAUCCCCUGCUGCAGUGGUGAGUAGAGAGGAUCUGUUUUCAAAUUCAGCUCACUUUGGCAGAAUGUUCUCAAGGUCUGGUGAUCAUAUCAAACCAAAUAUACUAGGUCAGUGAUACAUGGCAACACAGUCGAGCCUUGUUAAUAGACACAUGAGAGCUGAAAAUCACAAGUAUAAUUAAAGACAGUAGAUUUCCAUUGGUAGCUCUUUGCCAUACUGUCAUGACAAACACCACUGCUCCUGCUCUGUCAAAGCCUGAAGAAGUGAUAGUGUGAUGGUAGGUACUUCUAACAUUGUUUAUUUUGUUUCUCUCUUCGUCUCUCUGCAGGAUUAUUUCCAGUAACAGAUCUCAUAUCGUCAAGCUGCCUCUGAGUAGGGUAGGGAGCCAGAACAACAUCCUCUCAAGUGUCCUUUAUCCAUUUUUUAAUGCUACACGCUUAUCCUCCUUAUGCGUCUGUUUGUCUCUCUUUCUCUCACUUGUCCCUUCUGACCUCAUUGUGACAGCAACUGAAAUUCAUGCACACCUCCCACCAGUUCCUGCUGCUCAGCAGCCCCCCUGCCAAGGAGGCUCGUUUUCGCACUGCCAAGAAGCUCUACGGCAGCACCUUCGCCUUCCAGUGAGUCCACUUUGUUCCUCUCAUUAGCUGACACAGCAUUCAUACAAAGGAAACUGUUUUCAUUUAAUGACUAUUUUAAGGCCUGUACGGCUUAUGAGUCAAAAUCAUUUUGAAUAUUUAUAAAAUUUCAGAGAAUAAUUCGCUGUUUAUGUUGUGCAGUUUGUGGCCGUUGCACAGUUAUAAUAUGAGAAAUCAUUUGCUGUAAAUAAUUGAUUUCAAAUCAAGCAUAGGCACUGGAAUGCAUGCAUAAUUUAGCAUUACAGCAGUACACUCUAUCAAACAUGAACACGUCUCAGUGUAACACCUGGUCAUUAUGUUGCAGACCAUGGAGCCACUCUAGCAGAUUUUUAUGGAACCAUAACAAACAACAGCACAGGGCAGUGGCAGUUCUCUUGGACAGAGAAACCACCUCGCUUAGCCAGCACAUGGAUCCAGCACUAUCUGUGAGAUGGAGAUUUGAACUGUAGCAGAUGGGGCUCUGCUGAAUAUUUUAGAUACACACAACCCAUUUGGGAACUUUCAGGGUACAACUAAUUCACAAGCAGUGCUUAGUGCUGGUUAAUAGUACAAAUUUAAUAAUUCUACACAGGAAAUUAGUCGACUUGGCUGCCAUCGUUUUAUUCUGGUAUAAAUAGAAACAAACAAACAUAGAAUUAUGCGCUCUGAGUGACUUGAAUGAAUGUCUGCAGGAUUUGGAAGAGUUUAUGAGAGUUUCUCUCUGUGUGUUUUUUUGAUUUUGGGAAACAAGGACCUCCUGCUGAUUCAAGGCUAGUCAAAAAUAACAGAACAUCUGACACUGCUAAAGCUGCUGUAUUUUAUUUUUAGAUACCCACACAGGGACACAGAUCUCGGUCUUUGCUACUCUUUUAUUAUGAAAUUAUACAAACUUGUACGACUUAAAUGAUGCAUCCAAAAAUCUCAAAAUGUCUGCACAAGUUAUAAAAAUAAAUUACCAAAGUCAUGCUUUUGUCGAUCGUUUAAUAGCUGGUGUUUUCAUUUACAGUUAACGAUAAAAGUACGUUAUUCACCUGUAAAAAGUCAGUUGGCCUGUCAUUGUCAGUGAAUCAGACCACACACUGCAUCACAGUUCUCUCGUAGUCAACAUUUCUGAACAUUUCUGGAUCUGGCUGCUCCACAGCAGUGGUUACAAUUUAUUCUGGGAUGCACCAUUUAUAUUCUUGCAGCACUUUUGUUUUAUCUCUUCUUUCUUAUCUCUCCCUCUCUCUACACUUGCUCUAGUGGUUCCCAUAUAGAGAACUGGCACUCUGUUCUGAGAAAUGGACUAGUCAAUGCCUCUUAUACCAAACUGCAGGUACGUAACCCUGACAGUUGGCUGGAAUUUACGAUGCAUCCCCUCUCGGACAGUGAUCCUGCUCUCAGACAGAGCAGGCUCGCUGUCCGGCUGAUUCAUUUUUGCAGUUAAUGGAUGCCAGCUUCCCUUUUCGUCACCUUUGCAAUAUUGGCAUUUUAGCGAGUGGGGCACAAUAGGAGAUUUCCUGGUACAUGCUGGCUGAUUUUUGCCUCCUCAGCCAGCAGCAGCAGACAGCACAUCUCUUCCUGUUGUGCGACAAAGGGAGGGGGCUGUGGUGUCAGCUGUGAUGCUAGGAAAAUGCUGUUGUGCCCUGUGGGGUUUAACCACCUAGAGCAUGGAGUAGGCUAGGUCUGGAGCUGAAGGAUGCAGAGGAAGAACUCCAAAAUAGUGAGUAUAGACUUCCUGAGGGUGAAAACAAAGGUCAGUAACCAGCACCACUAAAUAUCUAUCCGGACAGUUAAGAUUGUAGCCAUAAAUCAUCCAAAAAGCUUGUAGAAGCCAUUGAUUUCAAAGCAGAAAAAUAAAACCUUACUUUUAUUCAACAUGUAAGCCUUUCUCACUGAUGUCUGCACCUUAAUGUUGUUCUGCUAAGGUGGGAGCUUCACUGUGCGACCUGGGCAAAGAAAUAAAAUAAGAAAAAAUCCCUAAAAAGGGUGCAGAAUUGUUUCAUUGUGCAGAGAUGUCAAUAACGACUGCUUGGAGAUACAGCGACAUGUUCUAAAAGAGAUGAAACACAACAAAGUCUGAAAUCUCAAGGAUCUUUGAAAUGUUCGCGUCGGUCAUGAUUGCUCUAUCAUGCUGAUGUGUUUCAUUUAUGCCGUCUUUGUUCUCCAACUUUUGUUGAACCUCUCCAUCUUUGAUCUAGCCUCAGUGCUCGUCCGCCUCCUCUUUCUCCUCUCCUCUUCACCUUGAGCACUGACACCCCUCCUUCCUCUGUCAUUGUAUUUCACAGGAGGAGAAAGAAGGGGUCUGUCUCCAGCUCCUGCUAUCACAAAAAAGAACUCUUGUUUAGUGUUCCUUUUGAUUUCUUACAAAUGUGCCAAGUCCUGACUUCAUUUUCCUCACAUUUUAUCACCCACAUUAUCAAGUCCGUUUUUAUUCCUCCUCAUGUUUCUCCCUGAUUCUCGGUGGCUUGUCAGGAUGUUGCACCAGCAGUCCUUUCUUUUCCUCAAAUCUUCACAUUCUUUUGUGGAAGCUCAUCCUUCACCACCUUUAUGCACAUUUCCUCAUGUCUCAUGUCAGAAUUUCUGGAAAAGCUGAACAAUUUCAUCACAAAUUUUACUCACAAAAUUUCUGAGAAUUACAUGCACUUAAGGAGAUAACAUCAAGAUGUAAGGGGAAAAUAUUCAUCUCUUAUGACAAAAAGAGUAUUUCUUAGUCUGGCUCUUUGCUCUCUGCCAUGUUUGGUUGUGUUUGUGUCUGAGUGAGUGUGUGUAUUUAAUCAUCUCUGUCAGUGCCGUAGUUACGCUAAAAAGUUGAGAAACCAUGAAAAACACGACUCAGGUGCUUCCUUGUAAUUGAACUGCAGAAGGAUAUGUCUGAUGUAUUGUGUGUGAUAGUGCUCAGUGACCCUUCCUUCCUUCCUGCUCUUUUCAAACCCAAGCUGCAUGGGGCAGCGUAUGGAAAGGGCAUCUAUCUGAGCCCCAUCUCCAGCAUAUCUUUCGGAUACUCAGGUAGGGAUGGCUCAGUCUUCGCUCAUCAGCCCCCCGAGGUCCUCCUCUACCCUUUUUUUACCCCCCAUGUUGACUGAGUAAGCUUUGUGUUUGUAUCAUGGCCUGAAUUUCAUCCUGGAUCACUUCAUUUCCACAUGUGGGAGCUUUCCAUUUGUGCUGUACUGUGUUGUGUGUCUGUUUUGGGUGCUGGGCCUCUGGCCCUUUCUCAGAGCCUGUGCGCCAUCUAACAUACCAUACGUGAUGUUGUGGCUGUGUAAGUGGAGCUGCCAUUGGACCUGUGAGUGUUACAUUGUGCUUUGUUGGGUCUUGUGUACUUGUUGUUUGUCAUAAGUGGUGAGUCAUUUAAUUAAAAGAAAGCAAGUGGACUUAUGUUUUGACUUGAAAGUUGACUUUGAUUUUCAUGAAGUUGAUUUUUAGGUCUUACUGUAAUAUUUUGGUUUUGGUUAGAGGUCAGGGAGUUACCAAAGAGCCCACCUGUUGGCACUGGUAAUAAGGCUCCAAGUAAUGGGUUUCCACUCCUCAGGAGGGGUAUGGGCUAACUCCAAGUUCAAGAUCGCAACUGAUAUUCUCACAAAUUGUUUUUGGCUUCAUCUUCCUUGCUAAAUCAAAAUCAGGUUAAAAAAAAUGAAUGAUGAGAGAAAUGAUCAGAACUAGCUGAGAUUUCUUUGGUUUUUGUCCGAAGAAUGUUGCAGCUCAUGUAGUAAUACUCUGUAGCAUUUGGGGAGAAUAACCUUUGCCUGAAGGUGAGCACUGUGGGUAAUAAUUUCUCUGUAGAGGGAAUUUAAGACCACUAGAGGAAGGGUUUUCACAGCUUGAGUGACUCGAGGUAAGGUCGUUCUGACUCUGGCUUAUUAGCUCUCUGUGUGCUGCGUCUUGCAGGAAUGGGGAAAGGACAGCAUCGUAUGCCCACCAAAGAUGAACUGGUGCAACGUUACAACCGCAUGAACACCAUACCACAGGUGGGAGGACUGGACAUAUCACAGUCCCAUAUUGACUUAUUUCAUGGAAAGAAUAAGAAUACUGUAACAUCUUCACAGAUCGUGUGGCUGCGUGAUUUAGAUUUGAAGUAUAUCCAGAGAUGUAAGCUGGAGAACGAAGGCAAAAUAAUCAAUACAACAUCUGUAACUUAUUUGUGCGUGUUAGAAUUGGUACAAAUUCAGUGUUUGGACAGUCCUCUCAAUAUCAGUGCUUUUGUAUUUUUUUACAGAGUCGUCCGAUACAAUCAAGGUUUCUUCAGAGUCGGAACCUGAACUGCAUCGCUCUGUGUGAAGGUACUCAGUAACAGAGGGAUUUUUUUAAAUGAAAAACUAAGAUUAUAAUGGAUAUGAAGCACUUGAUUAGAAUUCAUUACAUGCUUUGUAUGAUAAUAACUUUAUAUUGAAAAUAAAAUGCAGGGUUUUCUCUAAAAUAAAGAAAUAUCAUCUAUAAGGCAGAUGCAACAUGACAAGUUUCAACACAGUUACAUAAUGUAGGUCUCAUAAAUAGUCAUAAUAAUCAAAUUGUGGGGUUUUUAACACCAAAAUAGUAAGACAGUACUAAUGGAAAUACAGAAAGCACAACCAUAUUGAUCAUUUUUCACUUAUGGUGUAACCUGUGUCUCUAUUUUGAACAGUGAUCACAUCCAAGGAUCUGCAGAAACAUGGCAACAUCUGGGUGUGUCCAGUUUCCGACCACGUCUGUACUCGCUUCUUUUUUGUGUGAGUGUUUCUCAUCAUUUCUAACUCCUCAGUGAUAACACAAAAUAAAAGUUUUCUCUAAUUCUCACAGUCUUGAGAAACCAUUAAGUUUGAAACUGUUGUCAAGCGUGUUGAAAAAAAAAAAAGAAAGAUUGUCAGUGCUGCACUUUCCUACAUCGCUCAUCAUCUUUUCAAAUAAUCAGUGAACACAUUGUGAUUUUGGUUGAGUGGUGCCACCACUCCACUAAAGAGGGUUCCUCUCAGCUCGAAACCUUUCAACAUGAUGUUUGAAACACUUUUUUUUUUUUUUGUGGCUCAGUACAUAAAACACGUUAUUCAGACUGGCUGCUUAUGUUAGAGCUUUUAGUCCAUGCUUUGGACUCGUGCAUUCACCAGAUGGCAAAGUCUAUUAUCAUGUGCACUGCUGUUUUCCGAGUUGAAAAUUAGAUCUGAGAUGGCCUGCAAUCAAAUUUAAAUUACAGCUAAAUAUAAUUCAAUUCUGAAGUUCUGCUGAGUGUGUGGUCAUAUUUUUCAGCUUGAAGAAAUGCUUUAUGUGGUUUGUGUAAAAAACAAACAAGAACCCUGAAAAAUCACUCCUAUUUAUUUACUUUCUGAAAGAACAACAAUUUACAGCAGCUGAUCAUAAGAAAGCCUUGUUUUCCUCAGUGGAGUAUCAUGUUGAUGAGGAAAUUUGAACUGUCAGUGAACUUCUUUUUAAACCUCAGCCCUUUUAACAGCAUAGAGCAUUUGAAAUUGAGUAAGUGAGCAGGAGAGGUUGAUGGAAACCUGAGCAGCUGUUGAUGAAAGCAUGAGCAUAUGUCGACCCUUAUCUUCGUGUGUGCAGGUAUGAGGAUGGCCAAGUAGGAGAUGCCAACAUCAACACCCAGGAGCCUAAGGUGCAGAAGGAAAUCAUGCGUGUGAUUGGGACCCAGAUCUACUCCAGCUAAUGGAGGUUCUCCAGAGGUCUCUCUGGUGGGGGCACACGGGCAGGCAGACGGUGAAUGUUCGGGCGAGCUGACCUCAGGCCUGUUACUAAGGGCUGAGGGAGCUCUUGAGCACAUUGUUUCUCAAGUCCUUUGGUUCUGGUCUGAUCAUAUUCCUCUGUUUCCUUUAUCCCUUUUCUCCAAGUGUUAUGCAUUAUACGUUGAUUGCACCCAUUGUGAGGUUUUACAUCUCUUUUUCUCCAAAUAUUCACAACUAAACUGCACACCAAUGAUAGAGAAAGACAAAGGCUGUUCAUACAGACUUAUAAAAUCCCGGUUCAACUUGGCUUUUUCCUUUUUUUGCUGCACUUUUACUUUUAAGCCCUUUGAACUUAUCCGAUAUUUCUGUUCUUGUAUAUCUAAAAAAAAAUCUAAAUCUAAUGUACAUCCCUUCGUUGCAAAGAAGUGAUGGAUUUUCAUGCUUGUAGAAGUGUGUCCUAUUAGUUUUUAUUUUUUUCAUCAAUUUGUUGAAUUGAUAUUUUUCAGAUUAAGUCCGGAACAUGGCUACUAGAGAGGUGAGCGCUGCUGUUGCUGUUAUGGUCUCUUGUACAUUGUGUGGAAAUCCCAGAAUCUCAAAAGCGAGGUGUGACUUGAACUGAACACUGUAGGCACUUUGUUUUUGAUAUCAUCAUGAAAUGUAAAAUUCCUGCCAUUAACAGCAUUUUUCAUCGCUAAAUGGAGACACCUAUGAUGCACCUUUUAAAAACUUUAUAGCACCCAGAUGUCAGACAAAAUGAAGUGGAGAUAUUCAUCAAAUUCUUCUUGAAGUAUAACAUGGCAGCAUCAACAACAACAAGAACAAUAAGGCUCAUAUAAUUUCCUCCGAGCUUGAUCUACAAGGGCUGCUAUCAGUGCAUGUCCCACUGGGAAUUAACAGCCCAGUCUGAAUACUUUUAUGCUUUCAGAUACUCUGUGUUCAUUAAACUGGUUUGCUGAGGAUGGUGUUUGUUCUUCUAGCCUCCACACAGUUAUUUUCCUGUGUUUCAUACAGCCAGAGGUGAUACUGAAGUACCUAAAAAGUAGGCAAUGAUACAACAUUUUUCUGUCGUGUUCAUCAACUGCUGUGUUCACAAAGUUUUGCCUUUGUUAACGAACUAUGACAACUGUUUUUAGUUGAUCGUAAGUGUCAUUUGCAGUGAGUUUGGCGUUUCUCUGCUUUCCGGUUGUGAAAUUUGCAAAGUUGAGGAUAUUUUAGGCAAAAAAACUUUUAUUUUUAAAAUGUAAUAAUGUGAUCCUUUGAAGGAAAAUGUUCAAAUUGGGAUUAAACUAGCAACACAUUUGUCACAUGUUGAAAAAAAAAAGUCAAAAAACCACAAUAGGUUUCUUGCUAUCAUUUGAUUGAUGCAGUUAUGUUUUUUCUUAAUCUGGUUCACAUCUCUGUCACAACUUACAAAAUCUACUGUACAGAAACUCAUGACAGUUAACCAAACCAUCUACUGAUCCAGAUGAGGUAAGCUCACAUCCUCUCUGCCCCGUCCUAAUGGAUACUGGAUGUUAAAAACCUGCAUUAAUGUGCAACUCUUAUGGUUUCACCUCGGAGAACGGCAACCUUGUAUAGCUUAUCAAGUUUAUAAGUUAGUCAUGUACUGUAUGUAUGUAUGUAUGUACGUAUGUACGUGUGGGUUUGUAUUUUCUUGACAUUAUACUAGACAUUGCACUUAUUCAAAGUUUGCCUAGGCUGGAGAAAUGGACUGUUCUCGGACCUUCAGUAGACGUACUAUUGGAGGAAAACAAAGGGGGGAAAAUAUUACAGGAGGCAGCAAGACUAUAUUAUCCACCAUCUUAACCACGUCUGUACUGAGAUGGGAUUUUUAGCGUCUCCUGGAACUUCAAACUCUGACUACUGAAUGGACUUUGAGGCACUAAAGAGGGAAACACUAAAUAAGGAGAUUGGAGACCUGGUUGAAAUGUAUUGCCCAGAAAGAAAUGGACAUGUACAGCUUACUCUUUGUGUUGCGGGACUGUGCUAAUAGCUGAUGCCUGUUUCUUUGUUUUGUUUUAUUUCGGGUUUUUUGCCAAGAGAUUUGAGCUGCCGGUCUCUUUCGGAAAUCUCUUCUCUGGCUGUCUGUGAGUAAUGUUUUCAAGGAUGAUGUUGACGACAAUGAUGGUGAUUACGAUGAUGAUGAAAAAAGGCGACGAUGCAGGGGAAGAAAGAAUAAAGCCUGAUUUUGCACAGUUUUAUACACAGUC